CAAGGAAGUAUGAAAAAAAGUAGAUUUUGGUCGCUCCACGCGUCUAUAGGCAGCCAGAACUUCUCGGCAGACCCAUAGAGGUCGCACCCGAAGUCAGCCGCAACGCCUGAGAGCGAUUCCGCGCGUAGUAGCGCAGCCAGGAGCCGCAGAGAGCGUUCUCAAGGCGACCGGUGCGCGACGCCGGCGCGAGCCGGUCUCCACAAAGCAGUCAUGGCCGACCAGAGCGACGGCGAGGAAAUAGUCGAGGACACGACCGGCUUGAUCGUCGAGACGCGCGAGGGCCGCUUCGAAGUGGGACCGCUACUACGACGAGGCGCGACGGGCGUCGUCCAUCGGGGCCGGUGGAAGGAGUCUCCCACGAGGCCCUGGGUCGACGCCGUUUUGAAACUAGAAUCCACCUCCGCACAAAAAAGGCAGAUGGCGCGCGAGGUCGACGUCUACCGUUUGUUAGAUGCGGCCCCCGUCCCUCCACCUAGAGGCGCGUCCUUCGCAAGGCACGUGGGCAACCUCACGGAAACGAUAGAUAUCGGCACGGGCCCCUGCCGCCUGCUGUGCAUGCAGGCUUUGGGUCCCAAUCUUGAUGAAGUGGUCAAGGAACGGGGCCCCCUGUCGAAGCAAGCGACGCUAGCGGUCUGUCGAAGAUUGAUUGAUGCUUUGCAGUUUCUCCACGAGCAUUCCAAACAUGCCCACCGGGACAUAAAACCCCAAAAUAUAUGUGUGGCACGAAAAGCCAACGACCCUACUCUAUAUCUCAUUGAUUUUGGUUUAGCGUCGCCGCUCUUCAACGUCAAUGAUGAGCACCAGCCGCUGGAGGAGGUGGCGCCGAAAGCCGCGGCGAACGCGCGGCGGCGCGUCGUCGGUUCCGUACGGUAUUUGUCGGUGCACGCUCAUCAAGCCGUCGAGCGAUACGGCCGCGCGAGACGGGCCGCGACGUCGCGACGCUGCGACCUGGAGGCCGUGGCGUAUGUGGCCAUGUACCUGCACGAGGGGAGGUUGCCCUGGUCCGACCUCCCGGCCAAGACCGGCCCGGAACCGGACGUAGCUAUACAUCGAGCGAAGGUCCGGGUGCCGCCCUUACAACUCGUGGGACCGGCCUUGUCGACGACGGUCGGCGCUUUUUUGGAAGCGACGCGCGCUCUGCAACACGCGGAGCGGCCCGACUAUGCUGCAUUGAAAAGGCUACUGACCGACGGGAGCGAGCCGCCCGACGUCGGGAGCGCCUGGGCGCCUCGGCCUUCGCUACGAGAAGUGGAGGAACUGGAAAACCGCGUCUCGGUGCAGUUGCGGGACGCUUUGGCCCAAAAGGUCGUACCUUCGCCCUCGAAUCAAAGGACGGUCUCGCCGCCGGUGGCGAUCAAGAGCCCUCCAUUGACGCCGCUGUUAGCCUCGACGCCGGUUCACAAUGUUGGACCGCGGCCGUCCCUACCUUCCUUUGAAGUGAAGUCGCCCUUACCAGCAGCCUUACGCGACGCCGACGGCCUGCCUCCACCCACUCCGAUUUUAGAUACACCUAGACGAUCUACUGCGGAGUCCCCCCACUCCUACGACAGUACCAAAAAACCGCCAAGGUCGGCCCUCAAGCGCAAGACCUCUGAGAGUACUUCGGCGCAGAAACGAGCUAGAUUUUCGGAUGACGUGGAGACCUGGGAGCUCGAGGAUUUAGGGUAUGCGUCUCCCCACACAUCGCGGCCGGCGAUCACGGCCGGGUUGAGCAGUGCGGACGUCGACAGUGUCCUCAGUCGCUGGAGAGGUCGCCUGCUGCCGUCGCCGCCCGCGUCCGCGCCGCCCGGCUCCCCGAAGAGCCCUCCAACCCAGACGACGACGGCGACGUUAUCUAGACUGGUACCUCACUUGUCCAAUGAAAAGAAGCUCGCGAAGGCGGCUAGGGUCCUGACGGAAGUGCUCAAGCAGGCUCCUCUAGCAGUCACGGGCCGGACGGCCGCGGACCGCGCGCGGUGCCAAGCUUUAAGAUCGGCCGAGAGCGGGGCUUUGCGAGACGCGAUCGCGUUGUCGUUGAACGGCGGCCGCGCCGCCAUUAUCCACGCCAAGCCCUUGCGACCGACCUACGCUUCACUAUUCGAGGCCGCCCUCGACCGGUGCGUGCCGGGCCAGUUACCGGACAACAUCCAGGCCGAGGUCGCGCUCUGGGCGCUCGUCUGUCCCUACAAUUCAGCAUUAGGCGAUAGUGAGAAGACGACGUUGCACGAGGACCUCACGAUUUCCGAUUUGACGGGCUCCCUACAUAUAUUGAGGAGAUGCCUCUUCCUGCUGGAAACAAAGCGCCCGAAGCGGGACGACGCGCAACGGAGGGUGGACGCGCCCGAGGCGCUGGAGCCGCCCGCCUCGAUCUUCGCGACGCGCGGGCUCGAGGUCCUACUCGCGCUGGCGGGCACGGUCCGUGCUCCCGAUGCGCCGCGCGAGUCGAUCGUCGCUUUACUACAAACGGCGAAGACGGCGCUCGCGCAUUAUCUAAGUCCUGCGCAGCGGCGCAAGCUCGAGACGACGGCGUCGACGAUUCGCGCGACGCGGGCUUCAUAAGUUUUCAUAUACUU